UUAAUUUUUAAUUUAAUUUAUCUUUUAUCUUUAUCUCAUGUCACAAUAUGUGUUAUUAUUAAUUAUUAUUUUGCUAUAUAAAUCACACUCCCAACUCUGGUGUUCUAAGAGCUGAGCUUGCCAAUGGCGUGUUUUUCUCUACGUGCUGUGGUUUUUUGUUUCUGUGUGUUGAUUGCGUUUGUCGGAGCCGACAACAAUGUAGAAGACAACAAGGGUUUGUUUCAUCGUCCACUUGGUUUUAUUAAGGGUCGUAAAAGGUUUCGUGGAGGGGGUCUCGGAGGUGGCAUUGGUGGUGGUGGAGGUUUUGGCGGUGGAGCUGGUGGUGGUUUUGGUGGUGGAGCUGGUGGUGGUUUUGGUGGUGGCGGUGGUCUAGGCGGAGGUGGUGGAUUGGGUGGUGGUGGUGGUUUGGGUGGCGGAGGAGGGCUUGGUGGCGGUGGUGGUUUAGGUGGUGGUGGGGGCUUAGGGCAUGGCAUUCAUAAAAGGGGUUAUAAACGUGGAGGAUUAGGUGGCGGAGGAGGAUUGGGUGGUGGCGGUGGAUUGGGUGGCGGUGGAGGGCUCGGCGGAGGUGGUGGAGGAGGGUUAGGGCAUGGUAUCAAGAGGGGUUUUAAGCGUGGAAGAUUGGGAGGUGGUGGCGGUCUUGGCGGCGGUGGAGGACUGGGAGGAGGUGGCGGUCUUGGUGGAGGUGGAGGACUUGGAGGUGGUGGGGGACUCGGUGGUGGAGGUGGUCUAGGUGGCGGAGGAGGACUCGGAGGUGGUGGCGGACUUGGAGGUGGAGGUGGUUUUGGUGGCGGCGGAGGACUUGGAGGUGGUAGUGGAGGCGGUCUUGGUGGAGGAGUCGGCGGAGGCUACGGAGGAGGAGCUGGGGGAGGCUUUGGUGGUGGAGGUGGUGCGGGUGGUGGAGGCGGAUUUGGAGGCGGAGGAGGAGCUGGAGGAGGAGGAGGUAUUGGUGGAGGCGCUGGCGGAGGAUUCGGUGGAGGUGGAGGUUUUGGUGGCGGUGGCGGUUACGGCGGUGGUCACCACUAAAUGCAAUGUGUUAAAAUUAACCAUAUCUAUUUCAUAUCUAAAUUUGUGAAAAAUUACUAUCUACCUAUUCCAUCUAUCAUACCCUUUUAUUGUUAUUAAUUUUCAUGUAGGAGAAAUGAUUCUCAAUUGUGUAAUUUGAAAUUUAAUUUAUAAAAAAAAAAAAAAAAAAAAAAAACGAAAAGGUGGACGUGGAAUUUGCUUGGAAAAAUGGUGAUCGGAAUAUUGGCUUUUAUCUCCUUCCGUUGGUGGUUGAUACGGUGCGUUUUGGAUGAAUUGAUCUUGACCGAGUCUUCCUCAUGCAUGCAGAGUAUGAUUUAUGUUAUAUCAUGUAAAUUCUAAAACAUUGUUAUUAAUUAUUAUUGUUAUUACAUCA